AUGCAUGCAGUUAUUGAUAGACAGAAAAAUCAUGGUAUGCAUUUCCGUGUACUAGCUAAAGCAUUACGUAUGUCUGGUGGAGAUCAUAUUCACGCCGGUACAGUAGUAGGUAAACUGGAAGGGGAACGUGAGAUGACUUUAGGUUUCGUUGAUUUAUUACGUGAUGAUUAUAUCGAAAAAGACCGAAGUCGCGGUAUUUUCUUCACUCAAGAUUGGGUCUCUAUGCCAGGUGUUCUGCCCGUGGCUUCAAGGGGUAUUCAUGUUUGGCAUAUGCCUGCUCUGACCGAAAUCUUUGGGGAUGAUUCCGUACUACAGUUUGGCGGAGGAACUUUAGGACACCCUUGGGGAAAUGCACCUGGUGCAGUAGCUAAUAGGGUGGCUUUAGAGGCGUGUGUACAAGCUCGUAAUGAGGGACGUGAUCUUGCUCGUGAAGGUAAUGAAAUUAUCCGUGAAGCUAGCAAAUGGAGCCCUGAACUAGCCGCUGCUUGUGAAGUAUGGAAAGAGAUCAAAUUCGAAUUCGAACCAGUAGAUAAGCUAGAUAAAGAGAAAAAGUAA